AUGAAAUUUUUAAAAGCUCUGUAUUUGAUGAUAUUAAUCUCGUCCGGAGUCUUGGCUUUGGAUAGAGAAUGGUGGAAACACGCCACCGUUUACGAAAUUUACCUCAAGUCGUAUAAAGAUAGCGAUGGUGAUGGAAUCGGAGACAUCAAAGGUUUAAUUUCGAAACUCGAUUAUUUGGCUGAAAUUGGAGUAGAUACAAUUUACUUGGUGCCUUUUUAUCCUUCGUCUCACACUGACGGAGGUUACGAUAUUACCGACUAUAAAGGAAUAGAUCCUGUUUAUGGAACCAUAGAAGAUUUCGAAUUGCUGAUGAAGGAGAUCAAAGCCAGAGGUUUAUAUUUCGUAAUGGACUUGGUGAUCAAUCACAGCAGCGAUGAACACGAAUGGUUCGAAAAAUCGGUGAAAAAAAUCCAUCCUUAUACCGACUACUACGUUUGGGCCAAUCCAAAAGGCCACGAUUGGGAAAAAAAUCCCAUUCCACCGAAUAACUGGUUUAGCUUAUUCAGUAUACCAAUUAAAGGCAGCGCUUGGCAAUGGAACGAAGAAAGGAAACAAUUCUAUUUGCAUCAAUUUUACAAGAAACAACCUGAUUUAAAUUUGAGAAACGAAGCUGUUAAACAAGAGAUAAAAGACAUACUGAAAUUUUGGCUGGAAAAAGGAGUAACAGGAUUUCGAAUCGAUGCACCGACUUGUUUCAUGGAAGAUCCUCAACUCCGAGAUAAUGCCGAAGUGGGUCCAGAUGCGACAGUUUUCAAUGUAUUCGAUAUGUGCGAACAGACUUUCAAUCAUCCUGAUACAUUUAAAUUUGUCAACGAGUUGAAUUUGUUUUUACGACAAUACGAUCGAAAAAGUGGAAAACAAACUCAAACCCUUUUUACAGUUUUAGGGUAA